UCAGCUAGCCACUCUUUUAGUACUAUUUAUACUCUAUACAAAAUUUAACAUUAGGGUUUAUUAUUAUUAUUAUUAUUAUUAUUAUUAUUAUUAUUAUUAUUAUUAUUAUUACCAAUGGCACCAGUUGCAUUGCCUCCUGGAUUUAGAUUUCAUCCAACUGAUGAAGAAUUGGUGGCUUACUAUCUAAAGAGGAAGAUAAAUGGUCAUAAGAUUGAUCUUGAAAUCAUACCUGAAAUUGAUCUCUAUCAAUGUGAGCCUUGGGAAUUACCAAGUAAAUCAUUAUUGCCAAGCAAUGAUUUGGAGUGGUAUUUCUUUAGUCCAAGAGAUAGGAAAUACCCAAAUGGAUCAAGGACAAAUAGAGCAACAAAAGCUGGUUAUUGGAAAUCAACAGGAAAAGAUAGAAAGGUGAAUUCACAAAUGAGAGCAGUUGGUAUGAAGAAAACAUUGGUUUAUUAUCAAGGAAGAGCUCCUAAUGGCCAUCGAACUGAUUGGGUCAUGCAUGAAUAUCGCCUUGAUGAGGCCGAAUGCGAAAUCCCUUCCGGCUUGCAGGAUGCUUAUGCAUUAUGUCGAGUAUUCAAAAAAACAGCAACAACCAUCUCAAACAACAUAGCAACAUCAUCAUCACAAGAACAUACAUUUACAAAUAUAGUUCAAAUGACAAGUGAUCAAUCUUCAAGUAUUGAUAUUUACUCUGAGGGAAGAUGUGAUGAUUUUGAUACCUCAGAUUAUUCAAUUCCUAUUGAAACAUGUUCAACAACAAAUAAUCCUCUUACUCAUGGAUCUACUUCAUUGUGUGAUGUAGGAGAUGGGCAAUGGAUGCAAUACUUGAAUGAAGAAGAAUUUUGUUAAUUACUUAUCAUAACAUAUUCAUACUAUGUCUACUUUUCCUGACGUGCAGAAUGUUGGGCUGAUGACCAUAACUGUUCAUAUUAUGCCUUUUUCGGCUUUUAUGAGCACUGGAUAUACUGGUAGCACGAUAUGGCUUAUAUUCAUAUUGGGUGGAUAAGUUGUAAUUGUAUGUUUAUUUUUUUUCCCUCAUAUUUGGAUGAUUAAGAGGGAUUUUCCUAAUAUCUUUUAUAUUUUGAAUGGGUUUGGAUAAGGAAUUGGUGUUUUGACCCUUUUGAAGUGGGUCCAUACUAAGAGUGAAGUAACUUGGUGUUUACUAGGAGCAUGGUAUAUGUACUUAGCUACACUUCUAAAACUAAAUUGGAAUUUAAGGAAAAUUGGAUACAAAAAUGUGUAUUCUAUAAUU